GAAAUAAAAAUUGCGGUGUCAGCGGUGUGCACGCUUGGAAACUUUUAUUACCAAAUAUUUCUAAAAUUUAUAAAAUACCUACCUAACCUGCAAUUUGUUUCCUCAAAAAAAUAACAAGUUUUGCUUAUUUUACAAAGGCAUAUGUUUAAAUAAUGUAUAAAAUCAUUUUUUAACACUAUUCGUUCCCCUUACAUUGUAACUUGUGAAGAACUCAAAUUUUAAUAUGUCUAUAAAGCGGCAAGCCACCACUGAGCUAAACCAUGAUAAUUGGGAUCAGGAGGACCCCAAGGAGGAAGAUGAGGACGCGGGAGGUUUUAAAAUAGCAGCUAAAGAUGUUUUGGAAAAACGCGUCAUAAGAACUGCUAAAAGACGGUCUCAAAUUCCUGGAGAGGAGAGUAAAAAGAGUGUCUUCAGCGGAUUUUCUGGCUUCAAUAAAACUCAACCAUCAUCAUUUGACUUUUUAUCAAAUUUGACAAAUGGUAAAAAUGACAACUCUUCAACACCAAAAUCGGAAAAACCAAUGAUUUUUGGCACAAAUAACACUAACACAAGUGUAUCUAAUACUGGAUUGUUUGGCACCCCUGGAGAGAAGACCACCAAAGAUUCAACAGCUUUAUUUGGUGGUAAUGCAAACAAAAUAGGGUCCGGUUCACCCCUGUUCGGUAACUCUCAAGAUUCCAAACACAUCAAUCCUUUUAGUAACCAGCCCACAUCUUCAGCCUUUGCAAGUUUUUUGCCAAAAACAUCAGAAACUUCUACAACUCAAAGUUCAACAAAUGUAUUUGGUGCAAAUACAACAUCUAAAAAUUCUAAUUCACCAAUGUCAAACCCCUCUACUACAUUUGGCAGCUCAACUAGUAAUUUGACACCAGUAAAAACAAAUUCUACACCAACUCCUCCCAAAUCUAAACAAGAAAACGAUGAAAUUGAAGAUCCUAAGGCAAAGUAUUACAGCAAGUUAAAGGGUCUAAAUGUCAGUGUGUCAGAUUGGAUUAAACAGCAUGUUGAUAAGACACCUCUGUGUAUUCUAUCACCAAUAUUUAAAGAUUACGAAAGUUAUUUAAAAGAGAUUCAAGAAGAAUAUGAAAAUAGUAAAUCAGAGUCAAAAGAUAAAGUGGAAAGUAUAAUAUCAUCAACAAACACUGCAACAUCAACAAAUAAUACAUCUUCUCCCUUUGCUAAUAGUAGCAAGUCACUGUUUACAUCAAGUGCUUCCAGUACAUUUCCUACAAGUGGCAAGCCUAACUUUUCUUUCGGAACAAAUACAAAUUCUAGUACAUCUAAUGUACCAACAGGCAAUUCUGGUAUUUUUGGUAUAAAAUCUCCUUCAGGAGUUGUUUCUACUUCAACGACAGUACCCAGUAACGGUAAUGCUCCAUUCUCAUUUGGAAUUGGAAAACCUUUUAGUUUCAAUUCUAACAUAAAAUCUCCUGAAGAACCUUCAGCUAAAACGGAAAACGAAGAAGAUGAAGAUGAGCCACCUAAAGUAGAAUAUACACCAGUAGCAGAAGAAAACAGUGUUUAUGAUAAGAAAUGUAAAAUCUUUGUAAAGAAAGAUGAGAAUUUUGUUGAUAAAGGAGUUGGCACAUUAUAUAUUAAAAAAAUAGAAGAGUCUGGCAAACAUCAAUUGCUUGUUAGAGCCAAUACUAAUUUGGGAAAUGUCCUUCUUAAUCUGAUUUUAAGUUCAUCAUUGCCAACAAAACGCAUGGGUAAAAAUAAUGUGAUGAUGGUGUGUAUUCCUACUCCUGAUUUUAAACCACCACCAGUACCUAUUCUGAUAAGAGUUAAAACUACUGAGGAAGCAGAUGAUUUAUUGAGUACAUUAGAAAAGUAUAAGUCGUAAACCUACAUAAAUAAUACUUUUUAUGUAAAUUUAUUAUUAUUUCCAUGUAUUGUGGAAUAAAAAAUAUUUAAUUAUAGGUACCAUUAUUUUGUAUUGCCUAUUGUGCGUCAUUCUUAAUAAAAUUUAAUUACUUUUUUGUAAAAUACAUUCCCAGUUUCAUUAAUAUAAUCAGUAACUUAUUCAAUAAAGACAGAUUUGUUUGAUUC